UCAUCACAUUAUUCGGCCAUCUUUAACUGUUGUCACAUCAUAAGCGCAAUCGACUACCAUCGGACAAAAUGCCUCCAAAAAAGAGACGCGACUACAUCAACCAGAACGACAAAGCAGUCUAAAGUCAGAAAAAUGCCUGAUUCGUCGUCUCGGCCCAGUACAAGAGCUACGAGACCGGUUAAGAAAAAACAGCCCCCAGGCCCAUUCCUGCAGCAUGUGCAACCACGCCACCGCAGCCCCUUGACGAGAGGGAAGGCUCUGUUAUCAACCCACAGCCGGGAGCGAGUGUGGUGGGUACAUCAGAUGAGACUACCACGGUCCGGAUUCCAUGUUUUCCCAGUCGACACCUGUCCUAGAAACCUGUCUGAAGUCGAGGCAGCCUCUCGCAGACUCAAUUGUUCUGGGAUUCAGGAGUCCAUAAAUGUCUACCAUUGUCUACCGCGUUUUGAUCUGUCUCACCUUGUAGAAUUCUGCUACGAUUAUACCAGUGGGUGGACUGAACCUGGAAAUUGUAUGGUGCUCCAAACUCAGACUUUGAACAACCACCCAUGUAAGUACUUUACAAAAGGCUGCCCUAACAAGCCGUACUUGACAAGGAAUAUGUAUAACUAUCCAGCUUGCAUUGACAUAGACAGAAAAGAGAAGUGUUAUCGAAUGGACCCCAACUGUACAUCGAUUACUAGAAAAAUGACAGAGGAACCUGGUGGGCGGGGAUGGAUCGCUGCAGUAGUGACGCCCGUGGUUGUGCUGUGUCUCGUAGUACUGAUCUUCAUUAUCAGCACAUUACAUCGACGGAAGGUGUCGAGAUCACGUCAAACCACCAACCGAGAUGGAACUAACAGUGAAACGGAAAACAUACCUCUACUUUCUGUCGGCAACAUACCACCAAAAGCAGAUGACGAAGAAGUAAAGGGGAGCAGAAAAUUGCACAAUAAUCAUCAAAGUUUGCAAAAUCCCACUCUUUUGGAUUGGAAUGAGGACGACAAGUCGUUCGUGCCAACGAAGGCUAGUGAAACAGUUGAAAAUAAAAUAAAAAAACAAAACUUCGUUACAGUUGUUGGGAAUUCGGGAUCCGGAAAGUCAGCCAUUAUACAACACAUUGCCCUGAAAUACAAGCAACAGGGUUGGGAUGUUAUUCCUGUUGACGACGUCAAGGAAAUAAAAGAAGCCUGCUCUACUGGACUUUCUAAGAAACUGUUUGUGUUUCACGAUCCGAUUGGAAAAGAGUCUCUCAUUGAUUUUGAAUAUGAAAAAUGGAAAAGAUAUGAGACGAAAUUGAAAACUUAUCUGAAAGAAGUAAAAAUUCUUUUGUCGUGUAGAUUGUGUGUGUUUCACGAUGAAAGAUUGAAAGGAAUAAUGAAGGGGAUCAAUAAUUCAAUAAGAAUAGAUGAUGAUGCAUGUAAGCUCUCCAUAGACGAAAAACGAAACAUACUGCAUCAGUAUACAGAAAGUGUCAAGUUUACAGAAGACGAGACAGAGGAAAUAAUAAAAUCAGAUGCUUACUUUCCAUUACUUUGCAAAUUAUUUUCCAGUGAAUCGAGAUAUGAGGAAAGAGGAGUUAGUUUUUUCAAGAAUCCAUUUGAGGUAGUGAGAGAAGAAAUUGAAAUUUAUCAGCACAGUGAAAGAGCUAACGAGAAAUCAAAGUACUGCUCUCUAAUUUUCCUUGUUGUUUUCAACAACAAUGUAAACGUAAAUGAUAUGGAGGAUUCUCCUAUCUCGAAUUUUCCAGAUGAAAAAUAUAAAGACGUUCUUAGAAUGAGUGGUCUUCCCGACAACACACCAAUCACAAGCGUGAUUACAGGUUUUGAAUCACUGAAAGGGUCCUUUGUAAGGUGUGUGGGUAAUACAUAUGAAUUCCUACAUGAUUUUCUUCAGGAGAUAACCACGGUUGUUGUUGGAGCUAGAUUUCCCAAACAAACAAUCAAAUACGCAGACAGCGGCUUCCUACGACGAAGAGUGAAAAUAGAAGAUAGCAAACAAGAGCUUGACGCUUUCACUGUUUACUUGCCUGACAGAUACACAGAUAAUCUUGUGCAAAGGUUUCUGUUGGAUAUACAGACAGAAAAUGUGCUUGAUGUUGUCCUUAAUCCAUGUUUGCGAAACAAAGAGGUAAUCGUUUCCUUCAUAAAACACUUAGAAAAGGAAAAUUAUAUUUCACCCAAUCUAAAACGUAAACAUGUACUUGUGAAAGUCGAUGAAGAUGAAUUUGGAAAGGUAAAGGAAAACAACAUAAUCUCAAGAAUUGGGUUUUUUUUAACUCAGGAGAAGGUAACUCCGCUAAGUGCUCUAAUUAUAUUUUGCCAUGAUGAGAUAGCAUUAUCCUGCUUGAAGAACUACGAACUAUCUGAGGAAUUUUCAACGUUUGCUUCCAUAUGCGCCAAUGGAAAUACGGCGUUAUAUGAAGUUUAUUUACAAACGUAUGGUGUUGAAUUCUCGAAUGUGGUAUGGGGAGGAUUUUAUGCCUUACACAUAGCAUCAUUGUUUCAUAACCUUGAAAUCACUCAAAAAUUAAUUCAUCAUACCGAGAGCAUAAAUAUGUUUGACGAUCACGGUUUAACAUCAUUGAUGUGUGCAGUACUAAAUGAUGGAGAUAAGAAUGGAGCCAGUCCUCUAUGUAUAGCGUGUCAAAAUGGACAUGACAGAACGGUACAACUGUUACUGAACAAUGGCGCCGAUAUCAAUUUAUGUGAGAAGAAUGGAGCCAGUCCUCUAUAUAUAGCGUGUCAAAAUGUACAUGACAGCACGGUACAACUGUUACUGAACAAUGGCGCCGAUAUCAAUUUAUGUGAGAAGAAUGGAGCCAGUCCUCUAUAUAUAGCGUGUGGAAAUGGACAUGACAGCACGGUACAACUGUUACUGAACAAUGGCGCCGAUAUCAAUUUAUGUGAGAAGAAUGGAGCCAGUCCUCUAUAUAUAGCGUGUCAAAAUGGACAUGACAGCACGGUACAACUGUUACUGAACAAUGGCGCCGAUAUUAAUUUAUGUAUGAAGAAUGGAGCCAGUCCUCUACAUAUAGCGUGUCGAAAUGGACAUGACAGCACGGUACAACUGUUACUGAACAAUGGCGCCGAUAUCAGUUUAUGUAAUGAGAAUGGAAACAGUCCUCUAUAUAUAGCGUGUCAAAAUGGACAUGACAGCACAGUACAACUGUUACUGAACAAUGGCGCCGAUAUUAAUUUAUGUGAGAAGAAUGGAGCCAGUCCUCUACAUAUAGCGUGUCAAAAUGGACAUGCCAGCACGGUACAACUGUUACUGAACAAUGGCGCCGAUAUUAAUUUAUGUAUGAAGAAUGGAGCCAGUCCUCUAUAUAUAGCGUGUCAAAAUGGACAUGACAGCACAGUACAACUGUUACUGAACAAUGGCGCCGAUAUCAAUUUAUGUCAGAAGAAUGGAGCCAGUCCUCUAUAUAUAGCGUGUCAAAAUGGACAUGACAGCACGGUACAAAUGUUACUGAACAAUGGCGCCGAUAUUAAUUGAUGUGAGAAGAAUGGAGCCAGUCCUCUACAUAUAGCGUGUGGAAAUGGACAUGACAGCACGGUACAACUGUUACUGAACAAUGGCGCCGAUAUCAAUUUAUGUAAUGAGAAUGGAGCCAGUCCUCUAUAUAUAGCGUGUCAAAAUGGACAUGACAGCACGGUACAACUGUUACUGAACAAUGGCGCCGAUAUUAAUUUAUGUGAGAAGAAUGGAGCCAGUCCUCUAUAUAUAGCGUGUCAAAAUGGACAUGACAGCACGGUACAACUGUUACUGAACAAUGACGCCAAUAUUAAUUUAUGUAUGAAGAAUGGAGUCAGUCCUCUAUAUAUAGCGUGUCAAAAUGUACAUGACAGCACAGUACAACUGUUACUGAACAAUGGCGCCGAUAUUAAUUUAUGUGAGAAGAAUGGAGCCAGUCCUCUACAUAUAGCGUGUGGAAAUGGACAUGACAGCACGGUACAACUGUUACUGAACAAUGGCGCCGAUAUUAAUUUAUGUAUGAAGAAUGGAGCCAGUCCUCUAUAUAUAGCGUGUCAAAAUGGACAUGACAGCACAGUACAACUGUUACUGAACAAUGGCGCCGAUAUUAAUUUAUGUAUGAAGAAUGGAGCCAGUCCUCUACAUAUAGCGUGUCGAAAUGGACAUGACAGCACAGUACAACUGUUACUGAACAAUGGCGCCGAUAUCAAUUUAUGUAAUGAGAAUGGAGCCAGUCCUCUAUAUAUAGCGUGUCAAAAUGGACAUGACAGCACAGUACAACUGUUACUGAACAAUGGCGCCGAUAUUAAUUUAUGUGACAAUUAUGGAAUCAGUCCUCUCCAUGCACCUUGUUAUGAUGGACAUGACAGCACGGUACAACUGUUACUGAACAAUGGCGCCGAUAUUAAUUUAUGUAUGAAGAAUGGAGCCAGUCCUCUACAUAUAGCGUGUCGAAAUGGACAUGACAGCACGGUACAACUGUUACUGAACAAUGGCGCCGAUAUCAGUUUAUGUAAUGAGAAUGGAACCAGUCCUCUAUAUAUAGCGUGUCAAAAUGGACAUGACAGCACAGUACAACUGUUACUGAACAAUGGCGCCGAUAUUAAUUUAUGUGAGAAGAAUGGAGCCAGUCCUCUACAUAUAGCGUGUCAAAAUGGACAUGACAGCACGGUACAACUGUUACUGAACAAUGGCGCCGAUAUUAAUUUAUGUAUGAAGAAUGGAGCCAGUCCUCUAUAUAUAGCGUGUCAAAAUGGACAUGACAGCACAGUACAACUGUUACUGAACAAUGGCGCCGAUAUUAAUUUAUGUAUGAAGAAUGGAGCCAGUCCUCUAUAUAUAGCGUGUCAAAAUGGACAUGACAGCACGGUACAACUGUUACUGAACAAUGGCGCCGAUAUCAAUUUAUGUGAGAAGGAUGAAGUCAGUCCUCUAUCUAUAGCGUGUGAAAAUGGACAUGACAGCACGGUACAACUGUUACUGAACAAUGGCGCCGAUAUCAAUUUAUGUGACAAUUAUGGAAUCAGUCCUCUCCAUGCACCUUGUUAUGAUGGACAUGACAGCACGGUACAACUGUUACUGAACAAUGGCGCCGAUAUCAAUUUAUGUAUGAAGAAUGGAGCCAGUCCUCUAUAUAUAGCGUGUGAAAAUGGACAUGACAGCACGGUACAACUGUUACUGAACAAUGGCGCCGAUAUCAAUUUAUGUAAUGAGAAUGGAGCCAGUCCUCUAUAUAUAGCGUGUCAAAAUGGACAUGACAGCACGGUACAACUGUUACUGAACAAUGGCGCCGAUAUCAAUUUAUGUGAGAAGGAUGAAGUCAGUCCUCUAUCUAUAGCGUGUGAAAAUGGACAUGACAGCACAGUACAACUGUUACUGAACAAUGGCGCCGAUAUUAAUUUAUGUAUGAAGAAUGGAGCCAGUCCUCUACAUAUAGCGUGUCAAAAUGGACAUGACAGCACGGUACAACUGUUACUGAACAAUGGCGCCGAUAUUAACUUAUCUAGAGAGAAUGGAACAAGUCCUCUAUAUAUAGCGUGUCAAAAUGGACAUCACAGCACGGUACAACUGUUACUGAACAAUGGCGCCGAUAUUAAUUUAUGUAAGAAGAAUGGAGUCAGUCCUCUAUAUAUAGCGUGUCAAAAUGGACAUGACAGCACGGUACAACUGUUACUGAACAAUGGCGCCGAUAUCAAUUUAUGUGACGAUGAUGGAACCAGUCCUCUAUUUAUAGCGUGUCAAACUGGACAUGACAGCACGGUACAACUGUUACUGAACAAUGGCGCUGAUAUUAAUUUAUGUGACAAUGAUGGAAACAGUGCUCUACAUGCACCUUGUUAUGAUGGACAUGACAGCACAGUACAACUAUUACUGAACAAUGACGCCGAUAUUACUUUAUGUGAGAAGAAUGGAGCCAGUCCUCUAUAUAUAGCGUGUCAAAAUGGACAUGACAGCACGGUACAACUGUUACUGAACAAAGACGCCGAUAUUACUUUAUGUGAGAAGAAUGGAGCCAGUCCUCUAUAUAUAGCGUCGUGUCAAAAUGGACAUGACAGCACGGUACAACUGUUACUGAACAAUGGCGCCGAUAUUACUUUAUGUGAGAAGAAUGGAGCCAGUCCUCUAUGUAUAGCGUGUCAAAAUGGACAUGACAGCACGGUACAACUGUUACUGAACAAUGGCGCCGAUAUUAAUUUAUGUAAGAAGAAUGGAGUCAGUGCUCUAUAUAUAGCGUGUCAAAAUGGACAUGACAGCACGGUACAACUGUUACUGAACAAUGGGGCCGAUAUCAAUUUAUGUGACGAUGAUGGAACCAGUCCUCUAUUUACAGCGUGUCAAAAUGGACAUGACAGCACGGUACAACUGUUACUGAACAAUGGCGCUGAUAUUAAUUUAUGUGACAAUGAUGGAAACAGUGCUCUACAUGCACCUUGUUAUGAUGGACAUGACAGCACGGUACAACUAUUACUGAACAAUGACGCCGAUAUUACUUUAUGUGAGAAGAAUGGAGCCAGUCCUCUAUAUAUAGCGUGUCACAAUGGACAUGACAGCACGGUACAACUGUUACUGAACAAUGACGCCGAUAUUACUUUAUGUGAGAAGAAUGGAGCCAGUCCUCUAUAUAUAGCGUGUCAAAAUGGAUAUGACAGCACGGUACAACUGUUACUGAACAAUGACGCCGAUAUUAAUUUAUGUGAGAAGAAUGGAGCCAGUCCUCUACAUAUAGCGUGUCAAAAUGGACAUGACAGCACGGUACAACUGUUACUGAACAAUGACGCCGAUAUUAAUUUAUGUGAGAAGAAUGGAGCCAGUCCUCUAUAUAUAGCGUGUCAAAAUGGACAUGACAGCACGGUACAACUGUUACUGAACAAUGGCGCCGAUAUUACUUUAUGUGAGAAGAAUGGAGCCAGUCCUCUAUAUAUAGCGUGUCAAAAUGGACAUGACAGCACGGUACAACUGUUACUGAACAAUGGCGCCGAUAUUAAUUUAUGUAAGAAGAAUGGAGUCAGUCCUCUAUAUAUAGCGUGUCAAAAUGGACAUGACAGCACGGUACAACUCUUACUGAACAAUGGCGCCGAUAUCAAUUUAUGUGACGAUGAUGGAACCAGUCCUCUAUUUAUAGCGUGUCAAAAUGGACAUGACAGCACGGUACAACUGUUACUGAACAAUGGCGCCGAUAUUAAUUUAUGUGAGAAGAAUGCAGCCAGUCCUCUACAUAUAGCGUGUGGAAAUGGACAUGACAGCACGGUACAACUGUUACUGAACAAUGGCGCCGAUAUUAAUUUAUGUAACAAGAAUGGAGCCAGUCCUCUAUUUAUAGCGUGUCAAAAUGGACAUGACAGCACGGUACAACUGUUACUGUACAAUGGCGUCGAUAAAUUAUGUAAGAAGAAUGGAGUCAGUCCUCUAUAUAUAGCAUGUCACAAUGGACAUGACAGCACGGUACAACUGUUACUGAACAAUGGCGCCGAUAUUAAUUUAUGUAAGAAGAAUGGAGUCAGUCCUCUAUAUAUAGCGUGUCAAAAUGGACAUGACAGCACGGUACAACUGUUACUGAACAAUGGCGCCGAUAUUACUUUAUGUGAGAAGAAUGGAGCCAGUCCUCUAUAUAUAGCGUGUCAAAAUGGAUAUGACAGCACGGUACAACUGUUACUGAACAAUGGCGCCGAUAUUAAUUUAUGUAACAAGUAUGGAGCCAGUUCUCUAUUUAUAGCGUGUCAAAAUGGACAUGACAGCACGGUACAACUGUUACUGAACAAUGGCGCCGAUAUUAAUUUAUGUAAGAAGAAUGGAGUCAGUCCUCUAUAUAUAGCAUGUCACAAUGGACAUGACAGCACGGUACAACUGUUACUGAACAAUGGCGCCGAUAUCAAUUUAUGUGACGAUGAUGGAACCAGUCCUCUAUUUAUAGCGUGUCAAAAUGGACAUGACAGCACGGUACAACUGUUACUGAACAAUGGCGCCGAUAUCAAUUUAUGUGACGAUGAUGGAACCAGUCCUCUAUAUAUAGCGUGUCAAAAUGGACAUGACAGCACGGUACAACUGUUACUGAACAAUGGCGCCAAUAUUAAUUUAUGUGACGAUGAUGGAACCAGUCCUCUAUAUAUAGCGUGUCAAAAUGGACAUGACAGCACGGUACAACUGUUACUGAACAAUGGCGCCAAUAUUAAUUUAUGUGACGAUGAUGGAACCAGUCCUCUAUAUAUAGCAUGUCAAAAUGGACAUGACAGCACGGUACAACUAUUACUGAACAAUGGCGCUGAUAUUACUUUAUGUGAGAAGAAUGGAGCCAGUCCUCUAUAUAUAGCGUGUCAAAAUGGAUAUGAUAGCACGGUACAACUGUUACUGAACAAUGGCGCCGAUAUCAAUUUAUGUGAUAAUGAUGGAGUCAGUCCUCUAUAUACAGCGUGUCAAAAUGGACAUGACAGCACGGUACAACUGUUACUGAGCAAUUGCGCCGAUAUCAAUUUAUGUGACGAUGAUGGAACCAGUCCUCUAUUUAUAGCGUGUCAAAAUGGACAUGACAGCACGGUACAACUGUUACUGAACAAUGGCGCCGAUAUUAAUUUAUGUGACAAUGAUGGAAACAGUGCUCUACAUGCACCUUGUUAUGAUGGACAUGACAGCACGGUACAACUGUUACUGAACAAUGGCGCCGAUAUUAAUUUAUGUAAGAAGAAUGGAGUCAGUCCUCUAUAUAUAGCGUGUCAAAAUGGACAUGACAGCACGGUACAACUGUUACUGAACAAUGGCGCCGAUAUCAAUUUAUGUGACGAUGAUGGAACCAGUCCUCUAUUUAUAGCGUGUCAAAAUGGACAUGACAGCACGGUACAACUGUUACUGAGCAAUUGCGCCGAUAUCAAUUUAUGUGACGAUGAUGGAACCAGUCCUCUAUUUAUAGCGUGUCAAAAUGGACAUGACAGCACGGUACAACUGUUACUGAACAAUGGCGGAGAUAUUAACUUAUGUAGAGAGAAUGAAGUCAGUCCUCUAUAUAUAGCGUGUCAAACUGGACAUGACAGCACGGUACAACUGUUACUGAACAAUGGCGCCAAUAUUAAUUUAUGUAUGAAGGAUGAACUCAGUCCUCUAUAUAUAGCGUGUCAAAAUGGACAUGACAGCACGGUACAACUGUUACUGAACAAUGGCGCCGAUAUUAAUCUAUGUAAGAAGAAUGGAGCCAGUCCUUUAUGUAUAGCGUGUCAAAAUGGACAUGACAGCACGGUACAACUGUUACUGAACAAUGGCGCCGAUAUCAAUUUAUGUGACAAUGAUGGAACCAGUCCUCUAUAUAUAGCGUGUCAAAAUGGACAUGACAGCACGGUACAACUGUUACUGAACAAUGGCGCCGAUAUUAACUUAUGUAGAGAGAAUGAAGUCAGUCCUCUAUAUAUAGCGUGUCAAACUGGACAUGACAGCACGGUACAACUGUUACUGAACAAUGGCGCCAAUAUUAAUUUAUGUAUGAAGGAUGAACUCAGUCCUCUAUAUAUAGCGUGUCAAAAUGGACAUGACAGCACGGUACAACUGUUACUGAACAAUGGCGCCGAUAUUAAUUUAUGUAAGAAGAAUGGAGCCAGUCCUUUAUGUAUAGCGUGUCAAAAUGGACAUGACAGCACGGUACAACUGUUACUGAACAAUGGCGCCGAUAUCAAUUUAUGUGACAAUGAUGGAACCAGUCCUCUAUAUAUAGCGUGUCAAAAUGGACAUGACAGCACGGUACAACUGUUACUGAACAAUGGCGCCGAUAUCAAUUUAUGUGACAAUGAUGGAGCCAGUCCUCUAUAUAUAGCGUGUCAAAGUGGACAUGACAGCACGGUACAACUGUUACUGAACAAUGGCACCGAUAUCAAUUUAUGUGACAAUGAUGGAGCCAGUCCUCUACAUAUCGCGUGUCAAAAUGGACAUGACAGCACGGUACAACUGUUACUGAACAAUGGCCCCGAUAUCAAUUUAUGUGACAAUGAUGGAAACAGUCCUCUCCAUGCACCUUGUUAUGAUGGACAUGACAGCACGGUACAACUGUUACUGAACAAUGGCGCUGAUAUUAAUUUAUGUAAGAAGAAUGGAGCCAGUCCUCUAUUUAUAGCGUGUCAAAAUGGACAUGACAGCACGGUACAACUGUUACUGAACAAUGGCGCCGAUAUUAAUUUAUGUAAGAAGAAUGGAGCCAGUCCUUUAUGUAUAGCGUCGUGUCAAAAUGGACAUGACAGCACGGUACAAAUGUUACUGAACAAUGGCGCCGAUAUUAAUUUAUGUAAGAAGAAUGGAGCCAGUCCUCUAUAUAUAGCGUGUCAAAAUGGACAUGACAGCACGGUACAACUGUUACUGAACAAUGGCGCCGAUAUUAAUUUAUGUAAGAAGAAUGGAGCCAGUCCUCUAUGUAUAGCGUGUCAAAAUGGAUAUGACAGCACGGUACAACUGUUACUGAACAGUGGCGCCGAUAUUAAUUUAUGUGACAAUGAUGGAAACAGUCCUCUAUAUAUAGCGUGUCAAAAUGGACAUGACAGCACGGUACAACUGUUAGUGAACAAUGGCGCCGAUAUUAACUUUUAUAGAGACAAUGGAGUCAGUCCUCUAUGUAUAGCGUGUCAAAAUGAACAUGACAGCACGGUAUAAUUGUUACUUAACAACGGCGCCGAUAUUAAUUUAAGUUUAAAUGAUGGUGCCAGUCUUCUGCAUAUAGCUCGUCAAAAUGGGCAUGACAACAUCGUACAACUGUUGCUGAACAAUGGCGCCGAUAUUAAUGUAUUUGGCAUUGAUGGAAAUAAUCCACUACAUGCAUGAUGGUGAUAUGGACAAGUAAACACGACAAUGCAUUUACUUUUCUCUAAAAAGAUGACUAAUUAGAAUAGUGAUGAUGGAAUCACGGAAUAAAAUUCAUGGAAACUUUUCAUUUGUAGAAACUACUUUUCAGAUCGUGUCUACGAUUUGCUACAUGGUAGAAACUAUUUAUGAUACAUUAUUUUUUGUAAACUGGAGUGAUUGUGUCUGUAGCUAUUCGAUUUCAGUCGCCAAAUAAUAAAGCAAUUGUUGCAUCUCUCUCUCUCUCUCUCUCUCUCUCUCUCUCUCUCUCUCUCUCUCUCUCUCUCUCUCUUAUUCCGUGAUGCUAAAAGUUCACGAUCUGCCACAAGGAUAUCACUUACGGUGCACCACGCACGGAUAUUCUCAUGUCACUAUAGGAAAAUCAUGAAUAUAAUACAAUAGGCUGAUUUGUGCAAACCUUCUAUCAAACAUUAUUUUAGUAUUGUAAAUGUUUCACAUUUACUUUCAUGCAUCAAACAUGUUCGAAUCUUGGUUAUUUCAGGAAUAUUUUCUCGUGCUGGGCGAUUUUCUAUGGAAUUCUAUCGCUGCCAUACAUGUAUGCUACAUCAUACUAUCGCCGUAAUGAUACGAUGUAGCUCAAGAUAGCAAUAGGAUCCCAUAAGUUUCUUAAUCUUAAGAUGCACUGUAUAGACAUGUACUGCACCUCACAGGUCGUGUCUUUUUAACAUUGUCAGUAUGCAAAAAAUAAUAUACAGUAUAUGUGCAGUAUAUGAAUUUCAUAUUCAUGCUUUAAAAAUGUUUAAUAUUCAAA